AUGAUUAAUCAACAUUUUUUCUUGCCUAUCUUUCUCAUCUUCAUUGUUCCAACUUUAUCUCCAGAAGUUGCCAAUGUAAUGAUCACUAUGAAUGGAUCUAAUUUAGCAGCUGAAACCAGCAAUAAUUUUAUUUGUGCAACUCUCGAUUGGUGGCCUCCCGAGAAGUGCAAUUAUGAUCAAUGUCCAUGGGGAGAAUCUUCAAUCCUGAACUUAAACUUGAGUCAUCCAUUUCUUGCCAAAGCCAUUCAAGCAUUCAAUCCUUUGCGAGUAAGACUGGGAGGCACACUACAAGAUAAAGUUGUGUAUGGCAUGCCAAAUUUGGAGCAACCAUGCCUUCCCUUUUCCAAGAGGGUUGGUGAUUUAUUCGAUUUUUCUGAAGCUUGUUUGAGCAUGACAAGGUGGGAUGAGCUAAACCAUCUAUUUCAAAAGACAAGAGCUGUUAUUAUAUUUGGUCUAAAUGCCCUAUAUGGGAGAAAUCACAUACAAAUUAAUAAGUGGACCGGAGCAUGGAACUCCACCAACGCCCGAGACUUCAUCAGCUACUCCAUAUCAAAAGGAUACAAUGUCGAUACAUGGGAAUUUGGCAAUGAGUUGAGUGGGCAGGGAGUGGGAGCUAGUGUAGACGCUGAGCAAUAUGCCAAAGAUUUGAUGGUGCUUAAAGCUAUGCUAAAGGAGUUGUACAAUGAUUCACAUCAACAACCAUUACUAGUUGCUCCGGGUGGCUUCUUCGAUCCACAAUGGUAUGCUCAGCUCCUUCAAGACUCAGGUCCCGGAACUCUUGAUGCCAUGACACAUCAUAUUUACAAUCUAGGUGGAGGUGAUGAUCCUCACAUACAAGCUAAGAUUAUGGAUCCUGAAUACUUAAGUAGUACUAUGAUUGAUACAUUUAGAACUCUCCAACUCACUAUAGAGACGAAUGGACCCUGGUCUUCUGCUUGGGUUGGUGAAGCUGGAGGCUCAUACAACAGCGGCAAUCGUGUUGUGUCAAACAAAUUCCUUAACAGUUUUUGGUACCUUGAUCAACUCGGCAUGGCUUCAAAGUACAACACCAAGGUUUAUUGUCGGCAAACAUUAAUCGGAGGGAAUUACGGCCUUCUUGAUUUGAACACUUUGGUACCAAAUCCUGAUUACUAUAGUGCUCUGUUGUGGCAUCGGCUAAUGGGGAAGGGAGUUCUUGAUAUCGAAGUUAGUGGUUCGCCAUACUUGAGAGCUUAUGGCCAUUGCAGAAAGAAAAGGUCCGGCAUCUCUAUGUUGUUGAUCAACUUAAGCAACUCAACCAAGUUCAGUGUGACUAUCCUUGACGAUAGUAGCAAAACAUUAAAACAUAGAAAAGAAUAUCAUCUCACAGCAAAAGAUGACAACUAUUUAAGCCAAACUAUGUUGUUGAAUGGUACGCCGUUAGAGCUCACCGAAGAGGGAGGCCUUCCGCCAUUGAAACCUUUGAAUGUUCUAGUCGAGUCACCUAUCGAAGUGGCUCCCUUAUCGAUUGCGUUUAUUGUUUUUCCUAACAUUAAAGUGGGAGCUUGUAUGAGUUAA